CGUGCACCUGGAGAAUGGUAUGAUCAUAUUCUAGGUUUUAUUUGGUUACAUUUAGCAUAGAAUUAAGAGGCGAUGGAAGAAUGGAAUGAUGAGAUCCUAAGCAAAAUUAUAAGACAGAAGCAUGGAAUCAAUAUUUGUGUAUAAUCCUAAAAAUAAAAUAAAAAUUAUAAAUUGAAGAAAGAGAAGAAGGGUUAGGUGGUUAGAGAGAUUCAUUUGGUUGGGUUGUGUUGGAGUGAAGGCAUUCAAUUGGCAACAAGCAGAGCAUAAAGUCUUGAGAAACAAUGAUUUAAGAGCAACUAUACAAUGGCCCUUUCCAUUGUUGCUUUGUAAAUGGAAGCAGUUCUUAUUGCACGUUUUUUCCAAGUAUAUCAGAUAUUUGCUGGGGAUUAAGUGAAAAAGACUCCAUGGUAAACACAAAAGUGCCUAGUCAACCAAAAAUAUGCUACAGGCCUAUUCGACCUUCUGACCUAGACAUUUUAGAGCAUAUCCAUGGCAGAUUGUUUCCCAUCAGGUAUGAAUCUACUUUUUUUCAUGAUGUCGUAAAUGGACGUGACAUUGUGUCUUGGGGAGCUGUUGACAGCAGUCGGCCGGAUGGUCGAAGUGAUGAACUCAUUGGAUUUGUAACGGCACGGAUUGUUCUUGCAAAAGAAAGCGAGAUAGUGGAUAUGCUUGGAUAUGACUCAGCCAAAUCUGACCAGACAUUAGUCUAUGUUCUGACGCUGGGAGUAGUGGAAGCAUAUAGAAGUCUUGGAAUAGCUUCUUCUCUGAUUCGGGAGGUCAUAAAAUAUGCUUCAAGUAUUCCAACCUGCCGAGCUGUCUACUUGCAUGUAAUCUCUUACAAUAACCCUGCAAUCAAUUUGUACAAGAAAAUGUCUUUCAAGUGUGUGAGAAGGUUGCAGGGAUUUUAUUUGAUCAAUGGGCAACAUUAUGAUUCGUUCUUAUUCUUGUACUAUGUAAAUGGGGGACGGUCUCCUUGCUCACCAUUAGAGCUUCUCACUGCACUAGUAAGCUACAUGAGGAGUGGGUUUAAAUCGGUGGCUGCAAGGCUGUGCAAGAACGGAGGCAGAAAGAUCUCAAGGCGGACAAAGUGUAAAGAAAGUCAUUCUCUUGUGUCAGCACCCAACAAAAGAAACGUUCCAGUCGAGUGUUCUGGUUACGAGUGUGUUUAAUAUAUAUAUAUAUAUAUUUUAAGUUUUCUGUUCCCUGUAUCAUUCAACCUCACAAUUGAUUCCCUCUAGAAAUGUCAUAAUAAACUUCCUCGAUCCAGUGAAUUCCCACACUGUUAGGUGAUAAUAAUAAUCUUCAAGUUUAUGCGAUCAA